CUGGGGCUGCGGGUUCGGCUGCGCGGCGGGGCUGAGGCGGCCGCGGGGCCAGAUCGCAGGGAGAAAAGCUUGGAUUCCAAGCCUCUCGGUGCUGGGGACAGCCAGGUCUUGCACACAGGGCAUAAAGCGUGCUUCCUGAGAAAACUAAAAAAGCUUUCUGGACGCCGGGGUCCUGAGCUGAUGGCAGACAAUGUCAGCCACUAACAACAUCGCCCAGGCCCGGAAGCUGGUGGAACAGCUCCGCAUUGAAGCUGGGAUCGAGCGCAUCAAGGUCUCCAAAGCUUCAUCCGAACUCAUGAGUUACUGCGAACAGCACGCCCGGAAUGACCCAUUGCUGGUUGGGGUCCCUGCCUCGGAGAACCCUUUUAAGGACAAGAAGCCUUGUAUUAUCCUAUAGCUGUGUUCCCCUGUGCGUUCCUCUCCUUCUCUUCUUCCCUCUCUCACUGUUUCUCUCAGGCAGGGUAUCACUCAGUACCUAGCUCAAACAAAACAUCUCGAGUCCCCCAAACUUUUAAUUCCAAAAGAAACACCAAGAGAAAACCCCCCAAAUCAAAAAAGAGUUUCCACUGCCCAGAAGGGGUAAAAUGUAUUCUUUAGAUUUAGAUGGAUUUUCAGACCUGAUGACACAGCUAUCUCACAGGCCGAGCCAAAAUGGGACGGUGGCUUCACAGCCAGUUCCAAUUAAGAAGAAAUGAGAUGCCCAAGCAAUGUAAUAACAAUUUUUUUAAACUCUCAAUUGCCACUAAAAUUGUGGCAUUGGAGCUGAGAAGGAAAGGUGGGUGAAGCUGCUUAAGCUCAGGGGAUCUGUCCCCUGGGGGCAGUAAUUCCUUCACAAUUGGCUAGGUGUAAAAAGACUUCACCAUUUUGCUGGGAUGUUUUUUGUUUUUUAAGUAGAAGUAAA